UCUGCUCUGAAGAAUUUAUAUGCAAAUGAAUAUGUUAUUAAAGCUCAAGUAUUAGCAGGAGGACGCGGUAAAGGAUGGUUCAACAAUGGUUUUAAAGGUGGUGUACAUCUUACAAAGGACAGCUACUUUGAAUUAUUUUGUGAUAUUCAAUGACACAAAGAACUGAUCAUUUAAUAAUAAUAAAAAAAUUAAAUUCUUAAAAUUUAAUAAUUAGUAAGAAGAAGGAUCUAAUGUCAUUUUUUUUUCAUGCAAUUUAAUGUAUAUAAAAAAAUAAAUAAUAAAUUUACUGUUUACAAAGGAUUAAAAUAAGAGUUGAAAAGUUUCAAAUUUCUGCUUGAACAUUUGUUGGAAUUUGACAUGAAUUGAAUUGUGUGUUUGUUUUCCUUUUUUUUUUUUUUGUAUUCAAUAAAGUUUAUGAUAAACUUAAUACCACUUUUUAAGAGCUUGUACUUUUGAUAAUAUGUAUAUUAAAUUUAUAUUUAAUGAUUAUGGAUAUAAUAAUAACAAUUUUAUAUUUUUUAUACCUUAUUUAUUUGAAAUAUUAUUAUAGAGAUAGUAAUUGCUUUUCUUUAAUUUUUUAUGUUAUUUUGAAAUAUUUUUUUUCCAAUAGUCCCAAAGAAGUAGUAGAUGUUGCAAAGAACAUGUUAGGUCAUCGGCUGAUUACUAAACAAACUUCAAAGGAUGGCAUUUUGGUACAAAAAGUUAUGAUAGCUGAAUCUGUUGAUAUUGUUUCCGAAAAAUAUAUUUGCAUUCUGAUGGAUCGACAACAUAAUGGGCCAGUAUUAAUUGCCUCUCCAAUGGGUGGUAUGGACAUUGAAACUGUUGCUAAAGAACAACCUGAAUUAAUAAAAACUGUGCCAUUGGAUAUAUAUCAUGGGAUUAAUGAUGCUAUUGCCAAAGAUAUCAGUAAUUUCUUAGGAUUUAAUGACCCAGAGGUACAUAACAAAGCAAUUUAUGAGUUGAAGAGUUUAUGGAAAUUAUUCGUUGAUAUUGAUGCUUUACAAAUUGAAAUCAACCCAUUAGUAUUAACCAAAGAUAAACAAGUUGUUGCAGUAGAUGCCAAAAUUUCAUUUGAUGAUAAUGCACAAUUUAGACAGCAGGAGCUUUUUGCUUUAGAAGAUACUAAUGAAAAGGACCCAAGAGAAGUAGAUGCAUUACAUUUUAAUUUAAAUUACAUUGGAAUGGAUGGGAAUAUUGGAUGUUUAGUUAAUGGAGCUGGCUUAGCUAUGGCAACAAUGGAUAUUAUUCAAUUAAAUGGAGGAAAUCCUGCUAAUUUUUUGGAUGUAGGUGGAAGUGUAAAAGAGGACCAAGUUUAUCAAGCAUUUCGUAUUCUAAAUGAAGGUAUGCUUAUAGAUGUAGAUUGUUAUUGUUUCAUAUGUAUGAAGUAUUUUUAUCAUAUAAUUAAUUCUUUAGAUCCAAAAGUAAAGGCUAUUCUGGUUAAUGUAUUUGGUGGAAUUGUAAAUUGUAUUACCAUAGCAAAUGGAAUUAUAGCAGCUGCACGAAAUUUAGGUCUUAAAAUACCUCUUGUCGUUAGAUUAGAAGGUACUAAUGUAAAUGAAGCAAAAAAGACUCUUAAAGACUCCGGCUUGCCAAUAAUUACAGCUAAUGACUUAGAUGAAGCAGCAAGAAAAGCUGUUAUGUCUAUAAAAACAUAAAUACAUUGCUAUUUUCUUACAACUAUGUAACCUCCUAAAGACUGGAAAUCUACGGUUGUGAUUUGUAGUGUUAUAAAUUUUAAUACAAAAAAGAUUCAUAUAAUAUAAUUUGCAUAAUCUUCUCAUAA